CAGGGACUGGCCUCUCCUUUCUCCAGAAGAGGGUUGGAAGAAAUCUGUACAGAAAUCUGCCUUGCAGAGGAAAGGACCCCCAAAGACCCAACCUUCCCGAAGACUCCCAGGACGAGACUUAGCAUCAGGACAGCCAGGAGAUGCCACCUAAGGCCAAAGAUAAAAGGGUGAAACGGGGGGCACAGAAGAAGAAAAAGGAAGCGGGUGUUGAGGUGGAGGCCGAGGCCAGGCUCAGGCAGGCAGUGCUGGAGCAGGAGCUGCUUCGGGACCAGCUGGCUUUGCGGAGAGAUGAAGCCCGCAGGGCCAAGGCUUCCGAAGAGCAGCUGAAGCAAAGGCUGCAUAGGCUGGAGGCCGAGCUGGACCAGGCCCGGAGUGAAGGGAAGGCCGUCUACGCAGAGAUGAACCGCCAGCGCCGGGCCCUCCAGGAAAAGCUGGACACCCGCUGCGGGCAGCUGGAGGACCAAGUGCGGAACCUCCGGGAGCAGCUCGAGACGUGCCAGCGGGAGGCAGAGGCCGAGCGGAAGGAGGCCGAGCGGGCCCUGGGGGAGCGGGAGCGGACGCUGGAGCAGUUGCGGGCCCACGUGGUGGACAUGGAGGCCAAGUACGAAGAGGUCCUGCAGGGAAACCUGGACCGGCUCCUGGCCAAGAUGCGCCUGGUCAAGCCUGAGUGGGACGGGGCCGCUCAGAGGCUCCACGCACACCACAAGGAGCAGCUCCGCCAGUUCGGACUCAACCCCCUGGAUCUCUGAGGCUGAAGAGUCCCGAGAGCCUGGGGCUCCCCAAGC